AUGAUGGAUGCCUGGUAUAAGGAUAACACCCAGACGAAUCCAUUUGAAGUCCAGGGUGGGAAGCUCGCCGGGCCUAGUGAACGCGAAAUAAGUGAAGAGUUGAAACGAGCUGAGGUGGAAGAUGCACGAGCCGGAAUCAAACCUUUGCUGGAAGGUAAAAUGACCAUAACAGCGUUCAUCAGAGCGGGUAUGCAGCUUCAGGCCAUCCAGCGUCGUAUACGGACUGCUCUGAAGGCAAAAAAGCUCUCGUUCACCUCAAAGGCAAACGUUACGCUCCCGAAGUUUCAAAAAUUGGACAAGGCCCAUUUGAACACUCGUAUCGAAAUCGAGAGUGACGAAGAUGCAGCAAGAAGCUUACGAACAGCAGACGGAUCGCGACCUACGAGAGAGGAGACUGCUGCAAAAAAGAAGAAAACCAAGACGGCGCCAAUUUCCUGGAUUUGGGCAGCAGGCGGGCAGGCCGACGGGGUUGAACUUCAUGACUCUAUGUGUGUCGAGUGGGCAAAAGCACAUGCACGGAAGGAACGCUGGAACGAGGAGGUUGAAUUGUUGCGAGAGGAGAUGAAGCGGGUCAUGCGAUCAUUGAAGUGGGAGGCUUCAGAAUGGCAAAAACGAGCCGACGAAGUUCGUUCAGACGUUGAUGGAACGACGGCGGCUGGAAUCCGAGCUUAUGCGCUGCGUAACGUGUACCUGCAUACUGAAUUUAUAGUGCGCUUUCGAGAGGAGUGGGACAAAACAAUGGGAGCUGCUGUCCGUCAUUGGGCAGCAGAGGAGGAGCGGGAAAUAUUAGAGGGAACAUUUAUGGCAGAGGGAAUGUAG